UCUUUCUUCAUCACUUUUUUCAUAUCUUCAAAAAAAUCCAACAAAUAUUUCGACCAGAAAAAGAAAAAUGGGAAGAUUGUUUUUAGUAAAUUUGGAGGGAAAGAUUUACAGUUGUAAGCACUGUAAAACCCAACUUGCACUUUGUGAUGACAUUGUUUCAAAGUCAUUCCAUUGCAGGCAUGGUAAAGCUUAUCUCUUCAGUAAAGUAGCAAAUGUCACACUUGGACCCAUGGAAGAUAGACUGAUGAUGACAGGAUUACACACCGUUGCUGACAUCUUUUGUGUCAAAUGCGGAUCAGUUGUUGGAUGGACUUAUGAAACCGCCCAUGAAAAGAACCAAAAGUAUAAGGAGGGAAAAUCAGUUCUUGAGCGGUUUAAGCUUUCGGGGCCAGAUGGAAGCAAUUAUUGGGUCAAUCAUGAAGCACAUAUCAGCCGAAGUGAACAAGAAGAAGUUUGAUAAUUAAUCCACAUUUCAAAAAUUGUAAAUUCUUUUCACCCCUUUUCAUCCUAAUGUUAUCUGUUAUGAAUUUGUGAAUUGGUGUUCGCUUUGGUGUAUCAUAAAUUUGAAUCUAUAAACUUCAAGACAAAUGUGAAUUAAAUAUAAUUUAAUGUUGAUCUCUA